GUGCUCUCUGGAGAGGCAAGGCAGCUGCACUUUUGGACAAGAUCCGAGUUGUGUUCCGACUUGAUUUGAUUUGUUAUUCUUUAUUAAAAAUAACCACCAGUCUCUCGUCAUUUCAAGCAUCUCCGCUUGUUUUGGCCUUUUUUCUCCCAAAAACCACUUUCUUUAUACGGCAUGUCCUUCGUGGAUUCGUGAUCUGCCGCCUCCAACCCAAAGGAUCCAUCCUUUCUUUUAAGGAAAACACGUGCCGCGACCAACAUCGUCAAGUCAUUCAAUUCGCUGGAACGUUCCCAACACCCGCAAAGCACAUGACCAAGAAAUAACUCUUGUUCCCGAAGAAGUGGACUAGGCUUGCAAACACACCCAAGAGCACCCGCGCUCACGUCUUGUUGUCUACAUUUACCUAUCUCCUCUUUAUCGGACCUCUACCUCAGAACCAAAAUGGCCGAGGUAGCUCAACCUAUGGAACAGCCAAGCCUCAAGGCUGAAGCUCCCAUACCUUCAUCGCCAACCCAGAAGCGGAAGCGAGCCUCGGAGUCAGCUUCGCCAGACUCGCGCCGCUCCAAAAGGGGUGCCGUCGCAGCACCCAACAAUGUCCCUGUCCCUGUCCCCGUCCCCGUCACCGUCCCCGUGCCUGUCGGCGAAGAUACAUCAGGGCAGCUCUAUAUGGACAGCGCCAUUGCGGCUUCGGCUCCUCAACCCGGGUCCGAUAAUAUCAACGCGGAUGACUUCUCAGCUCUUCAACAGGCCACAGUUGAUCAUGGCGAUGUGUCUGACCCUGCCAAUGCCUCUAGCACCGCAGCGGCAGCGCUUGGAUCCAUGUAUCCGACUCUCCACGUCCCCCAAACAACUGAGGAGACAUUUGCCGCCCAGGUAGGGGCAGAUACGGAGCACAAUGACAACUCUUUUGGCGUCACACCCGAUGGGUUACCCAUGGAGUCGCCCAUGGAAGAUAUGCAGCAGUCGCAGUUCAAUCAGUUGCAGCAGAGGAAUGGUCCCCAAAAGCCAGCUGUCGGUUCCGAGGAAUGGCACAAGCUGCGCAAAGACAACCACAAGGAAGUCGAGCGCCGUCGCAGGGAAACUAUCAAUGAAGGCAUAAACGAGCUUGCCAAGAUUGUCCCUGGCUGUGAGAAGAACAAGGGUUCAAUUCUCCAGCGCAGCGUUGCUUUCAUAACGCAGCUCAAGGACAACGAGACACAAAAUAUCGAAAAGUGGACUCUGGAGAAGCUCCUGACGGAGCAGGCCAUUGCAGAACUCAGUCAGUCAAACGACAAGCUGAAGACAGAAUGUGAGCGUCUGUACGGAGAGCUCGAAAGCUGGAAGCGGGUAGCCCAGGCCGCCGGUUUGUCCCCAGAACCCAAGGAGGAAACGGGUGCCGCUAGUUAGGCAUGGACGUCGAGCACCUUUUUCGCCAGUGGCAAGCAAUUCAGCCAUCCGGCCUGCCAGCUCGGAACCAGUCCUAUUUGCAAGUCACAGUCUACUAUGACCAUUGCUCAUCACCUGAUAUACUGGCAGGACUGGAUCUGACGAAAUCGUCGGGUGUUUUCUACCGCUUGAUGAACUCUGGUCUUUUUUGGGGGGUCUUUUUCUUUUUUUUUACCCAUCACUAGCAAUCGUUCUCUUCGAGUCCCAUUUAUUAAUCUACUGAUAUGUUUAGUGUACUUUGUUAUUCGUUUGGGGUUCGAAUCGGGGGUCUUGAGGGAUCUUAUUUUAUUCUAUAUAGGGAUUGGCGUUUGGUGGGCUAUUGAGGAUUCCAGCUCUUUUUCUUCGUCUUCUUUUUUUUUCCCCUUUAUUCUUCGGCAGCGUGCUCAACAAGGAAGGAAACGCACACAAACACGUACUCUUUUUUUUUUUGUGUUUUAUUUUUUUAUUUUUUUUUAUCUUUGUUCGUAGAAAAUGUCCGAAUCAUGGUGUGUGUUUUCGCUGGUGCUGUGAUGGAAUUAACAGCACAUUUCUACAGCGCAGCCCGCUUCUUAGAGCGAUGGCCACUAGUCUACCUAGGUAGAACAAGGAUCAAUUUAAGGAUGUUUAUUGGUCAGUACAAGUAAAAAGAGCAAUGACCCUCGAUCGCCUGCCUUGUGCCUGUCACAGAUAGCCUGUCUACUGACUCUUGC